UGUAGAUCUAGGCAUGUGGCCUGCUAGGAGCGCAUUUGGCUUUUCUUAGGGAUGGCUCUUGGCUCACCAGAGCCUCACAAAGAUAAUCGCUCAGGAAGUGUUUCAGCCAAUCCCGGGCGGCCUUACACUCCGAUUUGCCGGGGCAGCCAAUCGGGGAUGAGCUUUUAUUAGGCGGCCAGAUCAUCAAGCCGAAGUGCCAAACCCUUUUUCUGUGAGAACUAGGAGCCUGUCCUCCAUGUUUUAUAAGUAUUGACAUUACACAGUGUUAACAAUGCAUCCACAGAGCUUGGCUGAAGAGGAAAUAAAAACAGAACAGGAGGUGGUAGAGGGCAUGGAUAUCUCUACUCGCUCCAAAGAUCCUGGCUCCACCAAGAGAAGAGCCCAGAAAAGAAAGUUCCCCAGCCUUCCACAUUCUUCCAAUAGCCACUAGCCAGAAGACACAUCAACAAGCCCCAUUAAAAAGAAAAAGAAACCCGGCUUACUGAACAAUAACAAUAAGGAGCAGGAUGGACACAAUGAUUUCUGCUGCUGGGUUUGUCAGCAGGAAGGCCAAGUCCUUUGCUGUGAGCUCUGUCCCCAGGCUUAUCAUGCCAAGUGUCUGAGACUGACAUCAGAACAAGAGGGGGACUGGUUUUGUCCUGAAUGUGAGAAGAUUACAGUAGCAGAAUGCAUCGAGACUCAGAGUAAAGCCAUGACAAUGCUCACCAUUGAACAGCUCUCCUACCUGCUCAAAUUUGCCAUUCAGAAAAUGAAACAGCCAGGGACGGAUGCAUUCCAGAAGCCUGUUCCAUUGGAACAACAUCCCGACUACGCGGAAUACAUCUUCCAUCCUAUGGAUCUUUGUACAUUGGAAAAGAAUGCUAAAAAGAAAAUGUAUGGCUGUACAGAAGCUUUCCUGGCCGACGCAAAGUGGAUUUUGCACAACUGCAUCAUUUAUAACGGAGGAAAUCACAAAUUGACCCAGAUAGCGAAAGUAGUCAUCAAAAUCUGUGAGCAUGAGAUGAAUGAAAUUGAAGUAUGUCCAGAGUGUUACCUAGCUGCUUGCCAGAAACGAGAUAACUGGUUCUGUGAGCCUUGUAGCAAUCCACAUCCUUUGGUCUGGGCAAAACUGAAGGGGUUUCCGUUCUGGCCUGCAAAAGCUCUGAGGAAGAGAGAUGGAUAGGUUGAUGCUCGUUUCUUUGGACAACAUGACAGGGCCUGGGUUCCAAUAAAUAAUUGCUACCUCAUGUCCAAAGAAAUUCCUUUUUCUGAAAAGACGAAAAGCAUCUUCAACAGUGAAAUGCAAGAGAUGGAAGUGUACGUGGAGAACAUCCGCAGGAAGUUCGGGGUUUUUAACUACUCUCCCUUCAGGACACCGUACACGCCCAACAGCCACCAAAUGCUGCUCGAUCCCAGCAAUCCCAGCGCGGGUGCUGCCAAGAUAGACAAGCAGGAGAAGGUCAAGCUCAACUUUGACAUGACAGUGUCCUCCAAGAUCCUGAUGAGCAAACCCAUGCUCAGCAGGGGCACAGGCCACAGGAUCUCCUUGUCAGAAAUGCCACACUCCCCAAUGAGUACAAACUCUUCUGUGCACACAGGCUCUGACAUGGAGCAAGAUGCUGAGAAGAAGGCCACAUCAAGCCACUUCAUCGCCAGUGAGGAGUCCAUGAACUUCCUGGACAAGAGCACAGCUUCACCAGCCUCUGCCAAGACGGGACAAGCAGGGAGUUUGUCCGGCAGCCCGAAAACCUUCUCUCCUCAAGCGUCCACGCCCAUCACGACGAAAACGGACAAAACGUCUACCACUGGAAGCAUCCUGAAUCUUAACUUGGAUCGGAGCAAGGCCGAGAUGGACCUAAAGGAGCUGAGCGAGUCGGUCCAGCAGCAGACCGCGCCCGUCCCCCUCCUCUCGCCCAAGCGGCAGAUCCGCAGCAGAUUCCAGCUAAAUCUCGACAAGACCAUAGAGAGCUGCAAAGCACAAUUAGGCAUAAAUGAAAUCUCAGAUGUUUACAUGGCUAUAUAGCACAGCGAUUCAGAAGAUUCUGAGAGGUCAGAUAGUAGCAAUAGUGAUAGUGACAAUGAACAGAAGUCCACGAAUGAGCCAGAAGAUGCAGAAGACGAAGAGGGUAGUCCGAUGGGCAAAGAGCCAUCUGCUGUCAUAAAGCUCCAACCGGCAAACCCAGUGGAGACUUAGGAAGAGCUAAAAAGCACCUGACCAACCAGCGAGAAAGCAGAUCCCGGCUCGGUCAAGGAAAAGGCAAGCCCCCAGCCUGAGAAGGACUUCUCCGAAAAAGCAAAAGCCUCCCCUCACCCUGCAAAGGAUAAACUCAAGGGGAAAGAUGAGAUGGCCCCAACAAUACAUUUGGGCCUGGACUCUGAUUCAGAGAGUGAAGUCAUCAUAGAUUUAGGAGAAGACCAUACUGGGCGGGAGGGUCGAAAAAAUAAGAAGGAACCCAAAGAAACAUCUCCCAAGCAGGAUGUCGUAGGUAAAGCUCCACCAUCCACUACGGCGGGCGGCCAGUCCCCACCCGAAACUCCGCUCCUCACCCGCUCCUCCUCCCAAACUCCCACGGCUGGUGUCACGGCCACCACCAGCACCACGUCCACCGUCACGGCCCCGGCCGCCGCCGCCACGGGAAGCCCGGUGAAAAAGCAGAGGCCGCUUUUACCGAAGGAGACUGCCCCGGCCGUGCAGCGGGUCGUGUGGAACUCGUCAAGUAAGUUUCAAACGUCUUCCCAAAAGUGGCACAUGCAGAAGAUACAGCGCCAACAGGACAGCCAACAGGAGAGCCAGCAGCAGCCACAGUGCUCCCAGGGGACGAGAUAUCAGACCAGACAGGCUGUGAAAGCUGUGCAGCAGAAGGAGAUCACACAGAGCCCAUCCACCUCCACCAUCACCCUGGUGACCAGCACCCAGUCGUCGCCUCUGGUCACCAGCUCGGGGGCCACGAGCACCCUCGCGUCCUCAGUCAGCGCAGACCUGCCCAUCGCCACUGCCUCCGCUGAUGUUGCUGCGGACAUUGCCAAGUACACUAGCAAAAUGAUGGAUGCAAUAAAAGGAACGAUGACAGAAAUCUACAACGAUCUUUCUAAAAACACUACUGGGAGCACAAUAGCCGAGAUUCGCAGGCUGAGGAUCGAGAUCGAGAAGCUGCAGUGGCUGCACCAACAGGAGCUCUCGGAAAUGAAGCACAACUUGGAGCUGACCAUGGCGGAGAUGCGGCAGAGCCUGGAGCAGGAGCGGGACCGGCUCAUCGCCGAGGUGAAGAAGCAGCUGGAGCUGGAGAAGCAGCAGGCGGUGGACGAGACCAAGAAGAAGCAGUGGUGUGCCAACUGCAAGAAGGAGGCCAUCUUCUACUGCUGUUGGAACACCAGCUACUGCGACUACCCCUGCCAGCAGGCCCACUGGCCCGAGCACAUGAAGUCCUGUACGCAGUCAGCUACUGCUCCUCAGCAGGAAGCAGACGCCGAGGUAAACACAGAAACACUAAACAAGUCUUCUGGCACACAGGCGGCCCCUACGGAUGCCGCCAGCACUUCGAAAGACAAGGAGCCUCCCACGGAGAAAAGCAAGGACAGCAGCUCGACCCUCGACCUUUCUGGCUCCAGGGAGACGCCCUCCUCCAUUCUCUUAGGCUCCAACCAAGGCUCUGACCAUUCCCGGGGCAGUAAGUCUAGCUGCUGGGGCAGCAGCGACGAGAAGCGAGGAUCCACACGCUCCGAGCACAACGCCAGUGCCAGUUCGAAGAGCCUCCUCCCGAAAGAGUCUCGGCUGGACACCUUCUGGGACUAGGGACAAGUCGCGACACAAGCCACCCACCCCGUGGAGGAAAAAGAAACCAGACACCAGGGCAACAGGAAGCGGCAAGGAAACC